UGUAGAUAUUGCCAGCAGUGAUUUCCCUCUCCAAGAAUCAGAUCUUUGCCAUAAGUACCUUUAAAAAAUCUUUGGGAAUAUAGUACAGAGUCAGUGGAUAUAUGUCCAGUGGUAAAUGGAUGGUAAAUGACCACAUGGAGAGAAUGAACCAGCCAUGACAGAUUCUCAUUAGCAGCAGAGAGAUCUGAUGGAGUCUAUGGAGGUUACAGGUCUGCUGCUGUUCUGUUCCUAAACAAUCAUAUCUGUUGUCAUGGAGACAGAAGAACUGGAAGAGGUGGAAAGGCAUUGCAGAAAAGCAACCAGUGGUGUCAAAAAGGGCAGUUUUCAGCUGCCAGCCUCACAGCCUGGUGUGAAUUCUGAGGAUGAGGAGAAGUCAGAGGGUGCUGACCAUGUGACCCAGGACAGUGAGUCACAGACUCACUACAUUGCCAUUCAAAGAAAUUCCAAGUAUUAUCAGUCCAUGAGGCUACGGACCAGACAGAAAGAGAGGAAUAACAGAGAGGGGACGAAUGCUAGGCAUGCUGUAGCUUCACUCAAAAAUGGAGACAGCAGAAGCAAACUUCUGAAUGUGGAUGUAUUAUCUUGCAAGGGACCCCCAGUAUCAGUAAAAUCUGAAGUGAAAGCCUUGGAAGAACAAUGUAUACAAAGGCUGCUGCCUUCCUACCCCCGUUGCCGUGGCAACCGCCCGGCCUCCCCCAGUCCCGCGCUGCCUGCGGAGUCGCUCGGCAGCCGCCGCUCGGAGCCGGACUCGCCGCCGCUCUCACAGCCUCACAUGGAGCUGCUGGCUGCGGCGCUCAGCGCCGCCUGCGCCCUGGACCGCGACGGCUCGGCGGAGAGCGCGGCCGGAGCCCGCCCGGCCGGCAGAGAAUCCCCUUCCACAGCUGGACCAGUGCUUAUCCCUGAUGAGAGCCCCGUGCUCCCAGAGUGCCCUGCUGCUCUCCCUGAAACCCUGCAAAUGAUCCACCCUAUGACAACUGACUCCUGGAAAACCCUCAUUGAACAAAUAGGGCUCUUGUAUCAGGAAUAUCGAGAUAAAUCUACACUUCAGGAGAUUGAAACCAGACGACUGCAAGAUGCACAGACAGACCCUGAGGAGUGCUCAACCGGUGAGGAGACAUCAUCAGAAGCAGAAUCCACAAAUACUGCAGAAAGCAGGACUCUUCCCCAAAUCAGCUUGCUCAGGAACUCCACCUCCAGGUUUAACUUGUGGCAGGAUCUUCCAGAGAUCAGGAGCAGCGGUGUCCUGAAUAUCCUUCAGCCAGAUGAGAUCAAACUGCAGGAGGCCAUGUUUGAACUGGUCACUUCUGAAGCCUCAUACUACAAGAGUCUGAAUCUGCUGGUGUCUCACUUCAUGGAGAAUGAACGUCUGAAAAAGAUCUUACAUCCAUCUGAGGCUCACAUCCUCUUCUCCAAUGUCCUGGAUGUCAUGGCUGUUAGUGAACGUUUCCUCUUAGAUCUUGAGCAGCGAGUGGAAGAGAACAUUGUGAUCUCAGAUGUGUGCGACAUUGUCUACCAGCACACAGUUAAUCACUUCUCGGUGUAUGUAACCUACGUCUCCAACCAGACCUACCAGGAGAGAGCUUACAAGCAACUUCUCCAAGACAAGACAGCUUUCCGGGAGGUGAUAUCACAGUUGGAGAUGGAUCCCAAGUGCAAAGGCCUGCCCUUCUCAUCCUUUUUGAUUUUGCCAUUUCAGAGGAUCACUCGGCUCAAGCUACUGGUGCAGAAUAUUCUUAAAAAAGUGGAAGAGAAAUCCGAGAAGGAAACCACUGCCCUUGAAGCACACAAAGAGCUGGAAACAGUGGUGAAGGCAUGUAACGAAGGUGUCAGGAAGAUGAGCCGAACAGAGCAGAUGAUUAGCAUCCAGAAGAAAUUAGAGUUUAAGAUCAAGUCUGUGCCCAUCAUCUCUCACUCCCGUUGGCUGUUAAAGCAAGGGGAACUGCAGCAAAUGAAUGGCCCAAAGACAUCACGCACGCUCCGCACCAAGAAACUCUUUAGAGAAAUCUACUUGUUCCUUUUCAAUGACCUGCUGGUACUCUGCAGGCAGAUUCCUGGCGACAAGUACCAGGUGUUUGACUCAGCACCGCGAGGGCUUCUCCGGGUAGAGGAGUUAGAAGAUCAGGGACAGAGUUUGGCCAAUGUCUUCAUCCUGAGGCUUCUGGAGAACACGGAUGAUCGAGAGGUCAGCUACAUGCUCAAGGCAUCAUCCCAAAGUGAGAUGAAGCGCUGGAUGAUCUCGCUGGCCCCAAAUCGGAGAACCAAGUUUGUUUCAUUCACAUCCAGACUCCUAGAUUGCCCCCAGGUGCAGUGUGUCCAUCCGUAUGUGGCUCAGCAACCAGACGAGCUGUCCCUGGAGCUGGCAGAUGUUCUUAACAUCCUGGACAAGACAGAUGACGGUUGGAUUUUUGGGGAGCGUCUUCAUGACCAGGAAAGGGGCUGGUUCCCCAGCUCUAUGGGGGAGGAGAUUCUGAACCCCAAGAUCCGAUCGCAGAACCUAAAAGAGUGUUUCCGGGUCCACAAGUCGGAUGACAGUCAGCGGAGGAAGCUGGGCAGCAGGAAUCGCCAAUGACCCCUGGUCUCCCCCAGCCCUGGAGCACAAGGAAUAUCUAAUGGCUUAUGGAGAAAGAUGGAGGGCAGAUGCUGCAGGCUGAGAGAAUGAGGUGGUGGUGCUGGUACUAUGGGCCAGGGCAUAGGGCCUGGUCUUAACAUGCUGGUCAUACCCCCUCCGACACAAAUAGACUUUGCUCUGUUUACUAAGUUCUUCCCUCUACAUUUUGUAUUCCUCUGGAGACCAACCCCAGGAAGAGGAGAGGCCACUUGUCUAAAGCUCAAGGAACUAUUCAAUGUAAUGGAUUGCCAGUUGUGCUGCCAACCCCAAAGAGUGCCAAGUGCGCCCCUGUGCAGUGAGGAGCUACUGGACAAGACCGCACCAGAGCCACCCAGGAGGUUCACCACAGCUGUAACAUACCAGCUGGUCAUAUAUAAGAGUUGCUUUAGUUGCUUUUCUAGUAUAAAUGGAUAGAAU